AUGUCCGGAACCGGUCACAAGCAACUCGCUGAACUCCACAAAAAGUAUGGCGAGAUAGUUCGUGUCAGUCCCAUCCAGGUCUCCUUCAACACUCCGAAGAUCUGGAAAGAACUCUACGGUCACCGCAAGGCUGGUGAGGUGGAAAAUCCCAAAGACCAGGCCUUCUACAAGCUUGCUAGCCCAAGCGUUAUUGAGGCCGAGACCUCAGAAGACCAUGGCCGCCAACGUCGCAUCAUGUCGCAUGCCUUCUCGGCGCAGAGCCUGUUGGAGCAGCAGCCUCUGAUAAGCGGAUACGUUGAUCUGCUCGUCAAAAGGCUCAGAGAACAGGCCCAAGAAGAAGGCACAGUGGUAAACAUUGUGAAAUGGUAUGAUUUUACCACAUUCGAUUUGGUUGCAGACUUGUCGUUCGGCGAACCAUUUGGCUGUUUGGAGCAGUCAGAUUAUCACCCUUGGGUCUCGUUGAUCUUCGCAGGCGUCAAGCAGGCCGUAUUCCUCAUACAAGUCAGACGGUUCAUCCCUAGCAUAGACCUCCUGCUGCAGAAAUUUGGGAAGGCUCUCUUGGCAAAGUUAGAACAGCACCAUGAGCUCACCAAUGCGAAGGUUGCCAAGAGGAUGGCAACAAACACAGAUCGCCCAGAUUUUAUGCAGUCCAUACUGGUGAAGAACACGGAUGGAAAGGAGACUGCGUUGAAAGAAAAUGCCAUUGGCGGAAAUCCGUCAAAAUGCUAG